CAGCUCUCCAUCACUGCACGGAAGCCGUCUCCAUGGAAACGACAUAAACCUGACUGAGUUUUCUGUCAACAGUCGCUGUUUUUGUUUUGUUUAGUUUUGUUUAUGUUUUUAGCGCGGUCAUUAACUGAACUCAGAGCGAUACGUAGCAAACCGCACUGAGUAACAGUGAAACGCUUUGGGGGCAAUCUGAGAGACUGCGGCGGCUUUCGUUUUUGUUUACGCCCGGAUGCUCUUAUUCAUCAGCUGAUUGCUUCAUCAGUUAGUAGUGAGCCUUUACCCGGACAUGGAGGAGCCUGAUAUAAGACAACAGAAGCUGGACAACCAGCGAACCCUUUUGAUAAAGAAGCAGCAAAAGAAGAGGGCCGAUACUCAAAUGGUGGUGACUAAUCGGGACACUCGGCAAAAGAACCGAAAGCACAAAGCCGUCCACUCAGAUGAGACGCCUCUGUUGAUCAGCCAAUCCCUGAGCAGCACUUCUCUGAGUGAUCAAGUUGAGCAUGCCCAUGAUAACCCACUGGAUGUGAUAACACUUGGUGAAGGUGACGUAACAGCAAAUGUGGCAUUAGGUGAGAUGCCUUCAGAGAAGCCCGUCGUUCCCAAGAAAAUUGACUUGGAGCUUGACAAAGAGCCCGAAGUGAAAUGUGAAGGCGACUGUGAAGCUCAGGUGGAAGGGAAAAAGACAAAGAAGAAAGAUGUGAAAAAAGCCAAAGCCAAACAGGUGGAAGAGACAGAGGGAAAGGAGAAAGAAAAAGAUGCGGAGAAGAAGGAGAAAAAAACAAAGAAGAAGAACAAAGAAUCUGUGGAUACACAGAAAACAAACAAGACAACCAAACAAGAGCGUAAAAAGAAGAACAUACAGGAGGUUUCGAGCCCUGAGGCAACGUUGGCGGCAGGGGAGGCGAGCCCAGAGAAGGCUAAACAAGAUCAAAGUGACGAUGAUGAGGAAGAAGAAGAUGUGCUUCAGAGGACUGUUCCUCAAACACCUAAGAGGAAAAAAGAACUGGACACAUCCAGAUGCCAAAUAAGUGACGAGAGCAAAGACGAGGAGAUCCAGGAGAAAGAGAAAAAGGAGAAAAAGUCGCACAAAGCAGAAAAAAAUACACGGAGUCUCGCUUCCCUGAACUCCAACUACAGGAGGAGUUCGUCUACGGCCAGUGAAUCUAAUGAAAGACCAACAUCUCCAGUAUCAGUGGAAGAUCUUGAGAAGUUUGCCUUGCGUCCCGCUCCCAGAGAUGUGACGAUCCAGUGCAGGGUCACGAGGGACAGGAGGGGUGUGGAGAAGGGCAUUUACCCAACUUACUACCUCCACAUGGAGAAAGAGGACGGAAAGAGGGUGUUUCUGAUGGCGGGCCGAAAAAGAAAGAAGUGCAAAACAUCCAACUAUCUCAUCUCCACUGAUCCCACCAAUCUAUCCAGAGAUACAGACUCCUACAUCGGAAAACUAAGGUCAAACGUUCUGGGUACAAAGUUCACGGUCUACGAUGGAGGGGAAAAUCCAGAGAAAAAACCCUUCAUUAAAGAGUGCGAAUCAGUGAGGCAAGAACUGGCAGCAAUUUGCUAUGAGACAAAUGUGCUGGGUUUCAAGGGUCCAAGGAAAAUGACAGUGAUCAUCCCCGGGAUGCUGGAGACUGAUGAAAGAGUGGACAUCCAUCCCCAAAAUGAACUGGAGACUCUGUUGACCCGCCAUGCAAAUGGCAACAUGGACAAGCUGGUCACCCUGGUGAACAAAUCCCCGAGCUGGAACGAACAGACUCAGUCGUACGUUCUCAACUUUCACGGACGUGUCACCCAGGCCUCUGUCAAGAACUUCCAGAUCAUCCACCCUGACAAUGAGGACUACAUUGUGAUGCAGUUUGGCCGCGUAGCCGAGGAUGUCUUCUCCAUGGACUACAGUUUCCCCAUGUGUGCCCUGCAAGCCUUUGCCAUCACCCUCUCGUCCUUUGAUGGCAAACUGGCCUGCGAGUGAGCAGUGCUGGUGUGCCUCAAGUGCUUAACGAGAUCCCCACAGGAUCAGUUUUUAUGUUCUGUAUCCUGGUGGACUUUAACACUUUCUAUACAUUAAAUAUGCCACAGACUUCUGAGGAGACUUAUUUUUUAGGGCUGUUUACUAUUUCGCCAGUGAUUGAAGUGGGAGAAAAGUUAUUUAAGUACAUAGUGAUUUGAUAUUCGUCAGAUGUGCGAGGAACUUUUAAAAUGUGGAGGAUACCCGUGUAAACACUACUAUUUAAAUACUUAUUUGCAGUAUUAAAUAUUUACAGGUGUGAAAGGUCUUUUUUUUUAAUGGAGAAAUAUUCCCAGAUUGCAUCUUCCCCUUUGUUUAAUUAAUUUUAUCAUUAUUUAUCAUAUUAUUUUUUUAACUUUUCCUGCGACAAAAACACACAGUGUGCCAUUAACUUGGUUAGCAGAACUUUUGCAGCUGCAUUCGUCCUCUCAGAUUUUCAUCAGUGUGAUUACACGUGACAUCUCUUGCUGUCUUUUAUCAUCUCAGAGUGUUUAUCACAAAAAGGAAACAUUGUUAUCAAAGUACUAAAAGAAAAAAAAAAAAAAAAACUGAAAAAAAAAGCCCCUGUAUCAGAUGCAAAGAAAAACUGCAACAAGUAGCAGAUUUCUUUCCUUGCACAAUAUAACGAUUUGAAAACAUCCCAGGAGCAUCACCGCUGAUCUCAAGCAUGUUUUCAUAUGCUUCAUUGGGGGGGGGGGGGCAGAAGUCAUUUGGGUUUCAGCUAGUAAAAAUAAGCCUCUGUUUCGCUCUGUGGUAACGUGAGACGAUCAGAGGUGCACGGAUAUUUUUGAUAGCUAACCUCUGAAAUUCUUCAGCUGAGCAUUAACAUGCUGUUUAUUUAUUUCCUGUUCAAAUUGUAUUUUAGUGUACAAACAUCUGCAAGUACUGCCAUUGUAACAACUAGUGAUACUUGCUGCAGCAUGCUUCACAAAUGAUGCAGGGGAUGCAUUAUGUAUGCUUCUGCCCCCAGGCACACAUGGUGCAAAACCAUGCUUCAUCCCAGACAGACUAACAACCCUGAAAAGGAAAUUUACCCUCAGAUUACAUGAUGCACAAGGCACACCCAUUUAGAGUGAGAUUUAAUCUGUUAGUGUGUGUUUACAAGCUCUAAAUAAACAAAAUUGUGAACCCUAGAGGAAGCCAAGAAACUCACCGUCAGCUCUUAUCUUUUUGCAGAAUCUUUUACCAAAGAUGCACAACCCCAAAUUCAGCUAAUCUCCUGUCAGUGCAGUACAUGUUGCACAACACCCUUGUGGGUUGCACAAUAACUAGUAUACUCUAAUGUCAGGUUACUUGUGAACCAAAAAGUAAUGAAUAAAAAUAAAUGAUUGAGUCUUGCCUUAGCUCACAAAGUCCUGUAGUGGCUUAAAGGUAGCUUAAAGCAUGCAAAUGUGGCUUUAGCUGUUUAGAUUCCACAGGAAGAGCAGAUAAAGAUACUGUUUUCUGUAAAUAUGAAUAAAACAAUUCAGCAAUAAAUAACACACUUGCAACAUC